AUGGGCACCACCAAUCCAUACACCCUUGCUUCGUCGCUCGACCUCGAAGACAUCGCCCGAGCCAGCCCACCACUGUCUGAGGACCAAAUCAUCCUGAAUCUUCGAGACAGGUUCUUCCAGGGCAAAGUCGCAACCCAGCUGGGCGAUCGCGCUCUCAUCGUUGUCAAUCCGCUGAAGCCCAUCCCGGCUUGGUCCGAAACGGCCUCCAAGGAAUGGGCCCAAUGGGCCAAAGACGGCGUCGUCAAACGAAAUCCGCAAACUGAGGAGCCGCUCGCCCACAUCUUUGGCCUCGCUGAGGCAGUCUUCCAGCGGCUUCGCCUCGGCGAAGACCAAUCCAUCAUUCUGCUUGGUGAGUCCGGCAGUGGAAAAUCCGAAUCUGCAAGGUGGAUCGCCCGCCAUCUGUGCGAUCUCAGCAAGGGCUCCAAGAAAAAAUCAAAGGUCCAUUCGGCGAUUCUCAAAGUCGAUUCAAUUCUAAAUGCGUUCGGCUCGGCUCAGACCAAAGCCAAUCGCUCGGCUUCUCGGUUUGGCCGCUAUGCAGAGUAUCAGUUCGACGCAAGGGGCAAAAUGGUCGGCCUCAAACUGCUGGACUGCCUGCUGGAGCACAGCCGAGUGGCCUGUCUGCCUGAGGGCGAGCGCAACUUUGAGGUGUUCUACCAACUGCUGGCCGGUGCCACUCCCGAAGAGAGGACUGCCUGGAAGAUCGGGGACACUGCGCUAUUUCCUCAUUUGAGCCACUCAAAGUUCGUUUCGCUUGCUGCCGACGACAAGAUUGCCUUUUCAGACCUCGUUCAAAACCUGAAGGCGCUCGGCAUCGGACGCCGCCAACAAUCACAGGCUUUCCAGGUCCUCGCUGCCAUCCUCCAUCUUUCGACUAUAUCCUUUGUCAGUGACCCAAGCCAAGUCAACGAGCCCUGCCGCAUUCGGAAUCCUGAACAGCUGGAUCAUGUUGCCGAGCUGCUUGGACUGUCUUCGGCCGAUCUACAGAACCUUCUCAUUUACAAAACCAAGCGCAUCGAUCAUGACUUUUAUAGCGCAAUCUUAGACGCCGAAGGUGCGGUCACGCAGUGCAACGACAUUGCAAAGUCGCUGUAUCUGCUUCUUUUUAGCUGGAUAGUCGAGCGGCUCAACAUCAAGCUUUGCAAGGACGAAUCCGAAUGGUCCAACUUCGUGUCAAUAGUCGACUUUCCGGGCAUUGCGGGCCUCGACCAGGUCGUCUCCGAAUACUACCAACUUCUCGCCAACUUCUCGGCCGAACUUGUCCAGUCGAUCGUCCUGGAGCAACUUGUCCAGUAUCCGCGCGAGCUCCUCCUCUCUGAAGGACUAGAGAGCCCUGAGGUACCGCUCAAAACCAACGUGGAUUUGAUCUCGGCCGUUAUGUUGGAUCAGCCCUCUGUCCUCAGCAUUAUCCAUUCUGGCAAAGAGGUGUCGCCGACCGAGACCGCCGGUGCUGUGCUGAGCCUCAAGACAAAGCAUCAUAGCCUUCUCGAAUCCAACAAGACCCGACACGGGUUUGCCAUUCGUCACUAUUGCGGGCAGGUCGACUAUGACUCGAAUGUCUUCGACCGCCGUUCCAAGCUGGACACAAUGCACUCCGAGAUCAUCGACACCUUUGUGGGCACGGCCGGUCAAGGCGGAUCAGUCAACCCCUUCCUUCGCGACCUUUUCUCGACCCAAGCACUGCUCAAGUUUAGCCACCCCGUCGAUAGCGAAGCGAAUGUCAAAGCACGAAAGAGAAAGACGCAACUUCGCUCCCCCUCCUCCAAAAAGCAUCUGGAUACAGGCGAUGAAGCGGAGGAGAAUGGCGACAAUGGCCUCGAGCAGCGAAUGCUUCAGACUCUCCGCGACAUCCUCGACACGGCAAGUCUGACGAAAUCAUGGUUUGUCUUUCACAUCAAUCCCUCGCCCAACCCGCGCACCAUGGCAAAGUUUGACGUCGAGACGGUCAAAAGGCAGGUGCGCUACUUUGGAUUGCACGUCCUCUCGAAAUCCAAUGCUCUCUACUAUGCCUCCUUUCCGACACACGAAGAAAUCCGCGACCGCUACGGCCUGGUCCUUCGUGAUCUUGAUAUUGUCGACGAAAUCAGUAGCCCGGCCUCAGAGGCUGUGAAGCAGUUGGUGCAGCAUCUAGGUUGGAGAGACAGCGAUGUUGCUGUUGGACGCACUCGCCUCUUCCUCUCGACCUCGGCCUACAUGGCGCUUGAAGAUCAUCUCAAGGUUGUAGAAGCAAUGGAUGUGCCUGAGUCCGAGUAUAGCGAUGGCGCCGAAACUGAAGCUUUUGAGACCGAAAGUCACUUUGGCUCGGAAAUUGCGUACCCGCCUGGUGCAGCUGUACCUCUACGCGGAUUUGGGCGCCAGAAGGGCACGACCGACUACGAGAAACUCGACGGCAGCGCUUCCAGAUCGCCCACGAAGCUAGGCAAAGGCGAGCCCAAUGAAACGUCGCAGCCCUUCCGCGAACUCUCCAAGGCGCGUCGUUCUUGGCUCUGCUGCACAUGGUGCCUAACCUGGUGGAUCCCAUCGCUCUUCCUGAGUACUUGUGGAGGAAUGAAGCGCAAAGACAUUCAGAUUGCAUGGCGCGAGAAGGUUGCUCUGUUCAUCAUCAUCAUUCUGAUGUGCGCAACGAUCCUGUUUUUCAUCAUUGGAGUCGGACUGAUCCUGUGUCCCAAAGUCAACAUGCUCUCGGAGGGUGAGAUCACGAUCAGAAACACAACCAGCAACCCGUACGUGAUUGUCUACGGCAACUACUACAAGAUUGACAAUGUCGUCAAGUCUCACGUUGUGACAAGCCAGUGGCUUGGGGCCCAGGCCUUUGCUGCCACGACGCUGGGCCAGGAUGUCUCGGCCAUGUUCUUCAAGACCCAGUUUGCCAGCACAUACUGCCCUGGAUUCACACUGCCUCCCGGCUGGGACAACCUCAAGACCCGCAGCCCCCCGGCAGCAUUCGAGACGGUGUGGUACUCCCAUAUCUACGACUCCAACCAUAACCUGCUUGAUUAUGUCAACCAAAUCAGCUACAUGAUGAAGGGGCAGGUUGCUCGAGACUCGACAUGGCUGCAAAACUUCAUCAGCGCCGACCCGCAAAACAACCGGGUCAUUGUCGCAUAUGGUCGUGUCUACGAUAUCUCCAACUACUACGAUCCCAGCAACGUCCCGUCGUCGACUGCCUCCGGCUUCCUUGGGGCACAAGUCAAACAGAUCUUUGACAUGUACGGACAGGGGAAUAUGGCUGGAAAGGACUCUACUGCGCUCUUUGAGCUCCUCAAGAAACCCCAAUAUGGUGGCCCGGCUGUGUACAGCAAAGUACGGGCUUGUAUGGAUGGUUUAUUUUACACCGGAGUGGUCGACACCCGCAAUUCGAUGGCCUGCCGCUUCUCCAACACAAUCCUCCUCGUGGCCUCCAUAAUUCUGGUCUCGGUGAUUGGAUUCAAGUUCUUGGCUGCUCUGCAGUUCGGCUCCUCGCAUGUCCCCGAGGAUCAGGACCGCUUUGUGAUCUGCCAGGUACCAUGCUACACAGAAGGAGCCGAGUCCCUCUCGACGACGCUCGAGUCGCUGGCCAAACUCAAGUAUGAUGAUCGCCGUAAGCUCUUAUUUGUGAUUGCGGACGGGAUGAUCAUCGGUGGUGGAAACGACCGCCCUACUCCAAGGAUCGUCCUCGAUGUCCUGGGUGUCCCAGCGGAUGUCAACCCAACCGCACAAUCCUUUCAGUCGCUCGGCGAAGGCAACAAGCAACUAAACUACGCCAAAGUCUAUUCUGGACUCUAUCAUCUCGAGGGCCACCACGUUCCCUUCAUCGUUGUUGUCAAGGUUGGCAAGCCAAGCGAGAAAAGUCGGCCUGGCAACCGUGGAAAGCGGGACUCGCAAAUGAUUUUGAUGAGAUUCCUCAGCCGGGUCCAUUACAACGAGCCCAUGAAUCCGCUCGAGCUCGAGCUCUUCUACCACAUCAAAAAUAUCAUCGGCGUGCAUCCGUCGCUCUAUGAGUAUCUGUUCAUGAUUGAUGCCGACACAGAAGUGAUGCCCGACUCGCUCAACCGCAUGAUUUCAGCCAUGGUGCGGGACUCACGGAUCAUGGGCAUUUGUGGAGAAACACAGCUCAGUAACGAAAAGGACUCUUGGGUCACGAUGAUCCAGGUCUACGAGUACUUUAUCAGCCACCAUAUGGCCAAGGCAUUUGAAUCUCUCUUCGGCUCGGUUACCUGUCUGCCCGGCUGCUUCUGCAUGUACCGUGUGCGCACCCCAACAAACAACAUGGCGCUGUUGGUCUCGCACGGAGUCAUUGAGGACUAUGCCGUCAACGAGGUCAACACCCUCCAUCUAAAGAAUCUCCUGCAUCUCGGCGAAGACCGCUACCUGACCACGCUGAUGCUCAAGCACUUUCCCCAAAUGAAGACCAAGUUUACUCAGGAUGCCAUUUGCAAAACCGGCGCCCCUGACAGAUGGGACGUCUUGCUGUCCCAGCGUCGCCGCUGGAUCAACUCAACAGUUCACAAUUUAUUUGAGCUCCUGUUCCUCCCCCAGCUCUGCGGCUUCUGCUGCUUCUCGAUGCGAUUUGUCGUGUUCUUGGAUCUGAUUGCAACAUUCAUCCAACCUGCCGCGCUCGUAUACAUUGCCUACCUCGUCUACACCCUGACGACCGACGACACUGCUGUAUUUCCGCUGAUCUCAAUCAUUAUGCUUGGGGCCAUCUAUGGCUUCCAGGUCAUAAUCUUUAUCAUGAAGCAAGAAUGGCAGCAUAUCGGAUGGAUGAUCUUUUACGUUGUGGCCAUCCCGAUAUUUUCCUUCUACGUUCCGCUCUACUCAUUCUGGCAUUUUGAUGACUUUUCUUGGGGCAACACCCGUGUGGUCCUGGGCGAAGGGAAAAAGGCCAUCUACGUCGCCGAAUCCGAAGAGUUCGAUCCAAGUGUCAUUCCAUUGAGAACCUGGGAAGAAUAUCAGCAGGAGAUUCUGGAAGCACAGGCCAAUGCUACACAAGCAAACCGAUUCUCUAUGGACUCGGACACUCAGAGGUCUGUCCAGCAUUGUUUCGAUAGUCCGCAGACGAUCCCACCGGCGUACACAUACACUAGAACCGCUCUGGACACGAGGAGCAAUAUCGAGGUGGUGCGCUCAACCACGAGCGAGUAUGGAUGCGUCGACCGCGGUAUCGAGCCUUCUGACGACGAAGUUGUGAUGGAGAUCCAUCAGAUCCUGGCAGCAUCAGAUCUCAUGUCUGUCACAAAGAAGGAUGUUCUUCGGCAACUCAACGCACGCUUCGGCGUCGACUUGGGUUGGAGAAAGCAGUUUAUUCACGCAACCAUUGAUUCGAUUCUGAGAUCCCAGCCUUGA